AAUAAAAUUACCUUCUGAAGUUAACAGAAAAAUGAAGCUACUGCAUCAUUUUCUUAUUAGUGUAUAUUUCUGUCUGUUCUGUUUAGUUGUGGUUGAUGCAAGAACAAAUCCAGGAGACAUAGAGGUAUUGAAGGAUUUGAAGAGAUUAAUCGACUCGAAAUCAAUAACACCAGGAUCAUGUCUUAGCUCCUGGGAUUUUUCUGUUGAUCCCUGUGAUCAUGUUUUCAGUGCAUAUUUUACCUGUGGUAUCAGGUGUGACUUCAGUCUUGCAGGACUAAGUCGAGUCACCGAGGUUGCGCUUGAUGGGGCGGGCUACUCGGGCUCAAUCACUAACAUUACAUGGUUACUCCCAUAUCUCAACACACUAGACCUCUCAGGCAACUCUCUAUCAGGCUCACUGCCUGAAUCCCUUUCCAACCUGAUUCACCUUCGACGACUUAGUCUGUCUAAGAAUGCAUUUUCUAACUCCAUUCCAACCUCUAUUGGCUCCUUACCUUACCUAGAAGAGCUCUAUCUAGAUGACAAUCAACUCAGCGGGUCAAUCCCGCCGAGUUUAAACAAGCUAAGUCACCUUACAGACUUUGCAGUACAACAAAAUCAGCUUUCUGGUGAAUUCCCUUUUUUAGGUUCUUUGAAAAAUUUGUACAACUUUGAUGCAAGUGACAAUAACAUUUCUUCUUUUGGUACUACUAAUCCACUUUCUCUUCCUAUUUCCCUCAUUUCCUUUUCAAUGAGAAACAACAGUUUAAGAGGAGAAAUGCCUAGAAAUUUCUUCCACAUGCAAGACCUCGAAGUCUUAGAUCUUAGUUACAAUGAGAUAGGUGGUACAAUUACAGGGGAAGUUUUUGAUCUUCCAUCACUUCAACAACUCAAUCUGUCUCAUAAUCAGUUCUCAGCCGUCAAUUCGCCCAAUGGUAAAGGGAAAAAAAGAGGGAAUGUGUUGGCUGUUGAUCUCAGCUACAAUAAGAUAAAUGGGUUAUUGCCAAAAUUUUUGGCUGAGUUGCCAAAUCUAUCAGCAUUGUCAUUGGAGCAUAACAUGUUUACAGGGAUGAUACCCCCAGUGUAUGCCCUCAGGGUUGCAACGGCGUCGUUUCAACGUCUUUUGCUCGGUGGGAACUACUUAUUCGGGCCAAUACCAGACCCGUUAAAGCGGGUGGAGCCUGGUUCUGCGACAGUGAGUUUGGUUGAUAAUUGCUUGUAUACUUGCCCUGUUACUUUGUUCUUUUGUCAAGGUGGUGAGCAGAAAACACUGAUUCAGUGCAAAAGUUUAAGGCAUAGGAUUCCUUAGGAGUUUAGUUUGGUAAUUCAUUUGGCAUAAUUGAGAUGUGCAUAAUAUAUGCAUGAUCUAAGUAAUCCUUUUAAAAAGAAAAUUGGGUAAGGCUUUUUUAGAGGAUUAUGAAAAUGGAUACACAAAAAGAACUAAUUAGAAGCAAAAAAAUGCAUAUUAUGUUAUGCGAGCUAGGUUGAUACAUUUGCUUCCUAUAAAAAUGUGGAGUUUUUUAAAUUUGUUAUUCUGCUAAUGAUAUCAAGUAGUAUUUACAAUUUUGUUGUGUCUGUUUUUGGGCUCUUGACCAUAAAAUCUUUGUUUUGUACUUCGCACAGUAUUUUUUUUUUUGGUACAAACUUUUUUUUUUUUUUUUUAAUGAACAAGAAAACUCAUAAUAACUCUUAAACUUAUAAAAAUAGUUCCACCACAAAAUCACAAAAUAUAAUAAUGUUAACAUUGAUUUAAAUACAAGUAGUUUUAAAAAUUAGCAGGUGUAUUCCCAUAAAUGUCGUUCGGAUGUUGAUCUUGUCAACACAGCUUUGAAAGCAGGAUACUUAAAAGCGUAUUCUAACUGCCGUAAUUUUCUACUGCGUUUUCGACAAUGUGAUUAGUCUUCAUUGAAUCAACUACCAGCAAUCGCCACCUUCCCAUGCUCGCCGAACACAGCUCAUUCCAUCCAAGGGCUCCAAUGGCAGUCAUCAGAGUUUUCCUAUUGUUGCAGCUCGUUUUCACUACCCAACACAACCUUGUUUUAAUGUAUAUGAAUUUCAAGAAGUGA